UGCCUUUUUUAAAACUAAACUCCUAAAAAACAACCAUUGUUUUCCUUCGAUGGAAUAUCACCCAACGGUCCAACACUGGCGUAAGAGAGUAACUGAUGACAUGGUAAUGCUUUAUCCAGAGUAUUCCAUUAAUUUCGUGACAGACGAGGACCUGAAAUUAAUGCAGGAAAUAGUGUGCGCGGGGACAGCUAAACUGGAAGAGCUGGGAGUGGUGAUCAGCAAAUUUUUGAAGCAGUGUAAAGAGAGUAAAAAUUACAAGACGUUUAAGACGGUGCAAAAGGAAUUUCAUGCCAAAUUAUUAAACACUGCUUCGGUAUCGACUGAAUAA